UGUAGUCCCAGCUACUAGAGAGGCUGAGGCAAGAGAAUGGCAUGAACCCGGGAGGCGGAGCUUGCAGUGAGCUGAGAUCGGGCCACAGCAUUCCAGCCUGGGUGACAGAGCAAGACUCCAACUCAAAAAAAAAAAAAAAAAAAAAAGAGGCGCCCCAGCUUCUGCAGGAUAUCCACACCACCAAUUUCAGAGGCAACAAGAACUGACAUGGGUUUCAGUCUGCCUUUGUGGGAUUGCAGCUCAUGCUUGUGGGUUCCAGCAUGACUUUGAUCUGCCACUCUUUAUAUCCAUUUCUUUUUUCCUGACUACUUGCCCUCUGGAAUUAAAGUUCCAGCACCAGACACAAAGGUAACAGCCAUGCAUAGAUUGCCUAACCAGCUUCCACAAUUGUAUAAGAGAAAUCUCUUAGUGUUAUAGCUUUUCUAGUAAAAUCCUCACUGAUAAAAUAAGCAACGCCCCCAAGCUUUGCUCCAAACUGUCUCUCUGUGUGUGUCUGUAUAGAGAGAGCUUAAAAAUCUGCCUUCACAAACAUGAUCACUCUGAAAUCUCAGAAUAUCUAGACUCCAUUAAGUAUCAAACUUCAAGUCUCUUCUCAUUAAGAAAGACGUGUGUGUGUGUGUGUGUGUGUGUGUGUGUGUAUACAUAUGUGUGUUUUGGAAGCCUAGGAAGUAAAUGGGGAAUAAAUAUAUACACACAUACAUAUACAUACACACAUACACACACACAUAUAUAUCUUUCUUAACGAGAAGAGACUUGAAGUUUGAUAAUAGAGUCCAGAUAUUCUGAAAUUUCAGAGUGAUUAUGUUUGUGAAGGCAGAUUUCUAAGCUCUCUUUUAAAAAAAGGUUAUUUGAAUAAUUAGAGAGGUUGAAUAAUUAGAAACAGAAAUUUUUUUCCACAGGUUCUGUCCUCUAUCAAAAGGUGCUUUUCCUUGGGUAUGCUGGACCCCAGUAUUUCCAGUCACACCCUUUAUCUCCACUCUCUGUUUCCUCAGGGAUUGAGAAAGGGGACAAUGUGGCAGAAGAAUCAGACCUCUCUGGCAGACUUCAUCCUUGAGGGGCUCUUCGAUGACUCCCUUACCCACCUUUUCCUUUUAUCCUUGACCAUGGUGGUCUUCCUUAUUGCGGUGAGUGGCAACACCCUCACCAUUCUCCUCAUCUGCAUUGAUCCCCAGCUUCAUACACCAAUGUAUUUCCUGCUCAGCCAGCUCUCCCUCAUGGAUCUGAUGCAUGUUUCCACAACCAUCCUGAAGAUGGCUACCAACUACCUAUCUGGCAAGAAAUCUAUCUCCUUUGUGGGCUGUGCAACCCAGCACUUCCUCUAUUUGUGUCUAGGUGGUGCUGAAUGUUUUCUCUUAGCUGUCAUGUCCUAUGACCGCUAUGUUGCCAUCUGUCAUCCACUGCGCUAUGCUGUGCUCAUGAACAAGAAGGUGGGACUGAUGAUGGCUGUCAUGUCAUGGUUGGGGGCAUCCGUGAACUCCCUAAUUCACAUGGCGAUCUUGAUGCACUUCCCUUUCUGUGGGCCUUGGAAAGUCUACCACUUCUACUGUGAGUUCCCAGCUGUUGUGAAGUUGGUAUGUGGCAACAUCACUGUGUAUGAGACCACAGUGUACAUCAGCAGCAUUCUCCUCCUCCUCCCCAUCUUUCUGAUUUCUACAUCCUAUGUCUUCAUCCUUCAAAGUGUCAUUCAGAUGUGCUCAUCUGGGAGCAAGAGAAAUGCCUUUGCCACUUGUGGCUCCCACCUCACGGUGGUUUCUCUUUGGUUUGGUGCCUGCAUCUUCUCCUACAUGAGACCCAGGUCCCAGUGCACUCUAUUGCAGAACAAAGUUGGUUCUGUGUUCUACAGCAUCAUUACGCCCACAUUGAAUCCUCUGAUUUAUACUCUCCGGAAUAAAGAUGUAGCUAAGGCUCUGAGAAGAGUGCUGAGGAGAGAUGUUAUCACCCAUUGCAUUCAACGACUGCAAUUGUGGUUGCCCCGAGUGUAGAGUGGAAUAGGAUAAGCUCCUUAAAUUAAUUCAUGUAAACCUCUAAAGUUUUUCAGGGAGCUAGCUCCCUUAUGCUGUUUUACUACUGGAAGAAAAACACAUUUAACACACAAUUCCAGUAUUCCAGCUUGGUGUCAGGUAUCCAAGCACUGUGGAGAACAUUUGAGUAGAUCUUUAGAGAAUUAGGGAAAACUUUUUAAAAAGUCCCUUUGAAAGAGGACAUAUAAAGGUCACUGACACCCUGAAAAAAAGAAGGCAAGAUAAAGAUAUAAGGGACCUUAUCUAUUAUUAUUUUUAUUAACAAAAAUAUAUAAAACAUGCCACCAGAGAGUAUUUAUGGAGUUUAAAAUUGGAGUGUGUUGCUUACUUUUGGAAGCAUGGGAAGUAAAUGGUGAAUGAUGGCUGUUUGAAAGGGAGGAUGCAUGAUAUAAAAGUUGUAUUCUUUUUUUUUUUUGCGACGGAGUCUCUCUCUGUCACCUAGGCUGGAGUGCAGUGGCACGAUCUUGGCUCACUGCAACCUCCGCCUCCCAGGUUCAAGUGAUUCUCCUGCCUCAGCCAGGAGUAGCUGAGUAUUACAGAGUAGCUGGGAUUACAGGCGCGUGCCACCAUGCCUGGCUAAUUUUUGUAUUUUUAGUAGAGACGGGGUUUCACCAUGUUGGUCAGGCUGGUCUUCAACCCCUAACCUCAGGUGAUCUGCCCACCUUGGCCUCCCAAAGUUCUGAGAUUACAGACGUGAGCUACUGCACCUGGCCCUAAAAGUUAUAUUCUUAGACCCUUAGUGUUCCAUGAAUCACAGUGUGUAAGAAUUCAUAAGGGAAAGAAUAAUACAUUUUGUAUACAUACAUAAUAAUAUAUAACAUAAUUCUUGUAAUCCAUGUUGUGUUUAACAAAUCUUUGUUGAGUGCCUAGUAUGAUCCAGGUGGUAGACUAGAUGUUUGGAAUUGCAUUGUGAAACUUAAGAUUUUUUACACAUCUGCUUGUGCUUUUCCUUGGUCUACGUUGGACUUGCCAUAGCAGGUAGGCAUAUUAACUUUUAUUAUUUCACAGGCUGAAAAUACCUUUCUGUUCUUUGAGGGUUCCUAGCCUUGUGAUUUGGAAUCAGAAUGAUCUGGAGGAGAGUCUGCCACUUGCUAACAGUGGUUUGAAGGAGAAGUUCUGCAGUGCUCUAAUGACACCAAGUUUUAUGUUUGUGAGAGCAAACCUCAUGCCAAUGCAGUUUUGGGGUCCAGCUCCAAAAGGUAUGUAUCUGUAAAGAUCUAUGCUGUCCUUGUUCUUCUUACUGAACCUACUUUCACAGUAGUACAUAAAAACAAGUUAAUGAAACAUAAAAACUAUUAAAACUACACGUUAUGCAGGGUGUGGUGGCUUUUGGGAGGCGAGGACCUCCUUGGCCUCCCAAAGUGUUGGGAUUACAGGUGUUAGCCACCACACCUGGCCGGCUAUACAAUUUUUGAAGGUUAAACCCAUGUUUAUUCAAAUUUGAUUCCUCAAUAUUUGAUUAUAUUGUGAAAAAAUUUUGAUGGAGGAAAGUGAUAAUGCCCUUGUGGUUAUGUGUUUUUAAAAGACUACUUAUAUUUUAGAGAAAAUUCUGAAAUAUUUACAGGUUAUUUCUUCAAGAUAACAUUGUAGUCACAGAGAGGAUUGUGGUGGUGUGUGGACAGGGAAGCUGACAUGCAGCAUUGACUAUUGAGACAGGUGAUGAACACAGGGGGAUGCAUUAAUACUGUUCUAUAGCCUGGUGUCUAUAGAAUAUAGUUAUGUGUAUGUCAAACAUUCUUCACAACAGACUUUUUUUAGUAUAUGGAUUUCUCACUGCCUGGCCCAGUUCCUGACACAAGGUAACCACUUACUAUCUGUUUGGUGACUGAAUGAUGCAAAG